AUGUUCUGCGAAUUCAGGACUCCUUGCAGAAACCAAUGUUCUGCGAAUUCAGGACUCCUUGCAGAAGCCAAUGUUCUGCGAAUUCAGGUGUCCUCGCAGAAGCCAAUGUUCUGCGAAUUCAGGUGUUCUUGCAGAAACCAAUGUUCUGCGAAUUCAGGACUCCUUGCAGAAGCCAAUGUUCUGCCAGUUCAGGAGUCCUUGCAGAAGCCAAUGUUCUGCGAAUUCACAGGACUCGCUCGCAGAGGCCAAUGCUCCGCGAAUUCACAGGACUCGCUCGCAGAGACCAAUUCUCCGCGAACAAUUCGCGUGGCGAAUCUCCGAGUGCGGCCGCCUGAACGCGCCGGGGCUGCGAACAACCAGCCGGGAGCGAGUUCUGGGCAGCUGAGGCCGCAGCGCCGUCACAGACGGCGGCUCGCGGUUACCCGGCAGCCGCGGCACCCGAUUGUGAGGCCGGGCCGGGGCCGGGACGCUGCGGCCGGGCGGGGCCGGGGCGGGGGCGCCGGGCGGGCCUCGGUCCCCGCUCCAUCCCCCCUCGGUGCCGCCUCGGUCCCCGCUCCAUCCCCCCUCGGUGCCGCCUCGGUCCCCGCUCCAUCCCGCCUCGGUCCCCGCUCCAUCCCCCCUCGGUCCCCGCUCCAUCCCCCCUCGGUGCCGCCUCGGUCCCCGCUCCAUCCCCCCUCGGUGCCGCCUCGGUGCCCCCUCGAGCCGCCCUCGGUCUGCCCGAGUCCCCGUUCGGUCCCCGCCUGUUCCAGCCCUGGUGCCCCCGCGGUCCCCGGGCACAGCGGCAGCAAUUCGCUCCCGGGCCCGGAACGGGACGGCCCCGGCGGCAGCGCUCGAUAUCGCCGGAGCCUCGGCCCCAGCUCCGGGCUGCUCCACAUCGGGAAAAGCCCGGCUCUGAACAGAUCCUGUUCAGCGCAUCGCCCCAUGGCAAUCUGCCGGCUGCAGCUCCCGGGCGCUAACAUUUAGCUUCUCGUUCUUCUUAGGGACACACAAGUAGCAGAAGUCAUUUCCUGGUGUCAUGGUUUAUCACCUAAUCUGCAGCCAGGAAUUAGUGCUCCAGAAGACUCACCUUAUUACAUCCUGUAUUUUUCUUUGGCAUUCUCUUACACAAUACAGAUGUGCUAAAAGAAAAAAAAAACUACAGUAUUUAUCAACCUC